GAAAUGGAGAUCAAGUGGGAAUUCAGAUUUUGCAUCAGAAAAUAUGUACACUUGCAUGCAAUUGAACAUUAGUACGUGCUUGUACACGGAAGAUGAAGAUUUUGUACUAGCAAUUUACAACCCCUUGAGCCAGAAUGUGGUGUCACCCAUUCGCAUUCCCGUUCAACAGGGCAAAUACAGCGUUGUUGAUCUUACAGAUGGGAAUGAAAUUACUUCGCAAAUAGUUCCAAUUCCUAAGUCUGUACAAAAAAUACCAGGGAGGAAUGGUGGUGCAACUGACGAACUUGUGUUCUUCGCGUCGCUACCGCCUCUCGGCUACAAGACUUACACCGUCAAAAGAAAUUCGAAAAAUACAAAUAUAAAUCAGCAAGCCACUGCAGAAUUUUAUAACGUGUCCGUGGAUAAGAACGGCCACAUUGUGGUAAAGUGGAAGAAACAAAAUAUGGAACUAACUCAAUCGUUCCAUUAUUACGAAGGAAUGGAGGGGAACAAUGAGGAAUUUAAAAACAGAUCUUCGGGCGCGUACAUAUUCAGACCUAGAAGCUCGUCUGUGAAAAAUUUUCUGAAGCCUGGUUCUUACAAAAUAUUCGAAGGCCCACUGGUAAAGGAAAUUCAUCAGUACGUCACUGAUUGGGUGUGUCAAGUAGUCCGAAUUUAUAAUGGAAUGCAAUAUAUUGAAUUCGACUGGCUUGUCGGACCAAUACCUGUUAAGGAUAAGAUCGGUAAGGAAAUUGUAACGAGGUAUUACAGCAGCUUAAAUUCUUCCGGAGAAUUUUAUACGGACAGCAACGGCCGUGAAAUGUUGAAACGGAAGAGAGAUUAUCGGCCAACGUGGAACGUCGAACUAGAGGAACAAGUGUCUGGCAACUAUUAUCCGAUUACAUCGAAAAUUUCUCUAAAGGACGAAGAAAGCCAACUGAAACUUAGUUUACUCACAGAUCGAGCAGAAGGUGGAACUAGUAUGAGAGACGGAGAAAUCGAAAUGAUGGUUCAUAGAAGACUUUUAAAAGAUGAUGCAUUCGGCGUAGGGGAAGCUCUCAACGAAUCUGCAUUUGGCGAAGGCCUAGUGAUCCGAGGUUCCCACUACAUCAUCGGAGGUAGUUUGAAAAAUCUAGACGAACUUGCAUUGGAAGAGAAAACUUUGGCUCGUCGAUUGUUACUUCGCCCAUGGCCCUUCAUCAUACCCGCCACAGGUCUUGCUAAAGCAUUGCCACCAAACGUUCAUAUCUUAACUUUGGAACCAUGGAAGGACAACACUGUUUUACUCCGAUUGGAACACAUUUUCGAAGUUGGUGAAACUGCCAGCUUGUCGAAGCCCGUGGAAGUUAACAUUCAGGAUCUAUUCGCAACUUUUACCGUUGUAUCUAUCAAGGAGACCACGUUGGGUGGCAACCAAUGGAUUCAGGAUAUGAACCGUCUAAAAUGGGAAUCUGAGACGAAUGAUGUUUUCCAAAUGGAAGACAAUCUUUCUCAUUCUGUAGAAAUGGAAGGAAGUGUGAUAAAUGUCCUUCUAAAACCAAUGGAAAUACGAACAUUUAUCGUUGAAAUAGUGCCACGGCAUUCA